GGGGGGCAGCCUAACCGGGCAGGACGGCCACCGAGGCAGACCACAGGAAAUGACCCGGCCGGCGCGGUCACGGAUGCCAAGGGCCCGGCCGGCGCUCGCCGCGCGCCUGCAGACGCGGAGCGCGCGGCCCAGAGAUGCGCGCGGGCAUCCUCCGGGCCCAGCGCGGCCCCGGCCGGCGCCUGUCCUGCCCAGAGCGCAGCCUGCCCGCCGCCGCGCUGCUGCUGGCCCUGCUGGCCUGUGGCCUGGCCGCGCUGGCCCUGCAGCGCCUGGCCGCGCUGCAAGCCGAGCUGGACGGGCUGCGCGCGCGCCUGCCGCCGGGGCCCGGGCCGGGCGCGCCCCCCGCGGGCACCUGGGCGGUGCAGGGCCGCAGCAACGCCAGCGACGGCGGCCGCAGGAGGCGCGCGCUCCCCGGCGCCGAGGAUGCAGUCACUCAAGACUGCUUGCAACUGAUAGCAGACAGCGACACGCCUGUGAUACGGAAAGGAGCCUACACCUUUGUUCCCUGGCUUCUCAGCUUUAAGCGAGGACAAGCCUUAGAAGAGAGAGAGAACAAAAUCCUGGUCAAAGAAGCGGGCUACUUCUUCAUCUACGGCCAGGUGUUGUACACGGACAGCACCUUCGCCAUGGGGCACCUGAUACAGAGGAAGAAGGUCCACGUCUUCGGGGACGAGCUGAGUCUGGUGACGUUGUUCCGAUGCAUCCAGAACAUGCCAGAGACGCUCCCCAAUAACUCCUGCUACUCGGCGGGCAUUGCCAGGCUGGAGGUGGGAGACGAGCUCCAGCUGGCCAUCCCGCGGGAGGACGCAAGGAUCUCCCGGGACGGGGACGCCACCUUCUUUGGUGCACUGAAGCUGCUGUGACCUGCACGCC